AACAGAUAACUGCUGGACAGAGCCUCAGAGUCAAAGUGACCAGACCAGACUCAACUCGAUUCGACUUCACCCCUGGAGAUACCAGGUUCGGAUCAUGGAUUCAAGAAGUUUUCUUGUGAUGCUCUGUUUGCUGAUGACGUCUUCAUGUCAGCCCUGGAGGGCAUUUGGAACACCAGACAGGCGGCAGCCCCCUCCUUUUGCCUCCUUCCUGAAUCAGCUCCUGAAGAUACGCGAAGGAGCAGAUGGCAGAGGCUUGCAGGAGCCUGGGUUGGAAGCAGGAGAAAGGUCCACCAAGUGGGCGCAGUUGGAGGGAGUGAGAAGCCAGCUGAACCUGUUGAAGAGCUCCGCUCCUGGGCACCGUGUCCCUCGGCACCUGCUGGCCUCUCCUUCCAUGCGCGGAUGCCAGCUUGGCACCUGCCAAGUGCAGAACCUCGCCAACCUGCUGUACCGUUACGGGGGCAACAACCAGAAGGACGAAUCCCGCAAGAACAACAAGGACACAGCCGAUCCCAUGGGCUAUGGGCGCAGGAGACGCCGGGCGGCUGGGCAUGGCUUGCCCACUCCCACUUAAGAGACACCAUGCUGACGAGGGGAAAGAUGGGCACCAACUGAACCAGGCUGUGGGAAGCCGCAAGGAUCAAGAGAACACGCUCAGUGACCCCGAGCGCAAUGGGCAACUACAAGUGUGGCCACCAUCCGAGACAUAGGAUGUUGUGGGUCUUCUUCUGUCUCCAGCAUUUUAGUGCCCCCCCCAUCCCAGUUCAAGAUUUGGGUCACUGGUGCCUAGGCAAAGCUUCAUAGCGAUGCAAGGCUGUAGAGCAGAUAGCUGCUACGGCUCACAAAGUGUUCAAUGGAGUUGUGUGUUCAGCGGCGAUCAAGCUAAGAGCCCCCUCUCCAACGGGGCAGCGGUUCUUUGCCAGAAUGCAGAAGGAGGGUGCUAUAAGAAGCCAAGGAAGCGGAUGGGAAAGCGGCCAUGCGCCCCCCCCCCCGGAAAAGAACACUGGAACAUCUCAGCGUUGCGGAAUAGCUCCUCUGCAAAGUACAAAUGGACUUUACCCGGCUAUGUGACAUCGCAGGCAGGGUGGCGGGAUUCCUGGGCAUUCCUGGCUUCUGGGAUUCUGUGCUUCAUUUGUGCAUCUGGAGUUGCAUCAAGAGGAGAUUUAAAGUAAAAAGAUUUCUCCACCUGGAA